AUGACAAGGUUUGUUUGCUUGCUUUUGUUUGUCAUGCUCUUAAGUUUUACAUAUGCAGCUAUAACGCCAACAAGUCCUUUGUCAAUAGGACAAACUCUCAACUCCUCUGAUGGUGUUUAUCAGCUGGGGUUCUUCAGUCCUAAUAACACCCAGAAUCAGUAUGUUGGAAUCUGGUUCAAGGGCAUCAUUCCUCGGGUGGUUGUGUGGGUGGCUAAUAGAGAAAAGCCUGUUACUGACUCCACCGCAAAUCUAGCUAUCACCAGCAAGGGAAAUCUUCUCUUAUUUAGUGGCAAAGAUGGCAUUGUCUGGUCCAGUGGAGAGACUUUUGCAUCUAACGGGUCUCAUGCAGAGCUUUCAGACAGUGGAAGUCUUAUUGUCGUAGACAAAGUUUCAGGAAGAAUUCUAUGGCAAAGCUUUGACCAUCUUGGUGAUACUCUUCUACAUUCCUCAUUUCUUAUGUAUAACCUCGUCACCGGUGAGAAGCGGGUUGUGACUUCUUGGAAAAGUUACACUGAUCCAUCACCUGGCGACUUUGUGGGUGAGAUUACACCACAAGUGCCAUCACAAGGGUUUAUUAUGAGAGGCUUGAGGCCUUACUGGAGAAGUGGUCCAUGGGCUAAAACGAGGUUCACUGGGGUACCUCUAAUGGAUGAGUCAUACACAAGUACAUUCAGUCUUCACCAGGAUGUAAAUGGGUCAGGAUACUUGUCUUUUUUUCAAAGAAGAUACAAAAUUUCACGCAUAAUUUUAACACCAGAGGGAUCAAUGAAGAUUUUUCGUUACAAUGGAACGAACUGGGAACUGUACUAUGAGGCUCCAUUAGCCAAUUCAUGCCACAUAUACGGUGUAUGUGGACCUUUUGGGUUGUGUGUUAGUUCAGUUCCUCCAAAAUGUAAAUGCUUCAAAGGGUUUGUACCUAAAUCCAUUGAUGAGUGGAAAAGAGGAAACUGGACGAGUGGUUGUGUGAGGCGAACCGAGCUACUUUGUCAAGGAAACUCUACCGGUGAAGAUGUAAAUGUCUUCCAUCCUGUUGCCAACAUAAAGCCUCCAGAUAGUUACGAAUUUGCAAAUUCUCUGAAUGCUGAAGAAUGCUACCAAAGUUGCUUCCACAAUUGUUCAUGCUUGGCCUUUUCUUAUAUUAGUGGAAUUGGGUGCUUAGUAUGGAACCAUGACUUAAUGGACGCAGUGCAGUUUUCUGCAGGAGGAGAGCUUCUUUCCAUUCGUCUUGCACGUUCUGAGCUAGAUGGAAAUAAGCGCAAGAAGACAAUAGUUGCUAGUACUGUGAGCCUUACCCUUUUUGUGAUUUUGGGCUUGGCUUCGUUUGGUUUCUGGCGAUGCAGACUGGAAGAUAAUGCUCAUAUAUUAAAAGAUGCAUGGAGGAACGAGUUGAAACCACAAGAUGUCCCAGGUUUAGAUUUUUUUGAGAUGAAUACCAUACAAACUGCCACCAAUAACUUCAGUCUGUCAAACAAACUCGGACAAGGUGGAUUUGGUUCUGUAUACAAGGGAAAACUGCAAGAUGGAAAAGAAAUUGCUGUAAAACGGCUUUCCAGCAGCUCAGGACAGGGCAAAGAGGAAUUCAUGAAUGAAAUAGUACUCAUCUCUAAACUACAACACACAAACUUAGUUCGGAUAUUAGGAUGUUGCAUUGAAGGAGAAGAGAGGCUAUUGAUUUAUGAGUUCAUGUUGAACAAAAGCCUUGAUACUUUUAUCUUCGGUAGGUCUCUUCUUGCCUCAUUCUUUUCAUAGCAGCAGUUUUCUCUUCACGUCCAACACUUUGUUUGAUAGUGUGUACACUGUAUUAUUGCUUAGAUUCAAGAAGAAAGCUUGAGAUUGAGUGGCCUAAGAGAUUCAGUAUCAUCCAAGGUAUUGCACGUGGACUUCUCUAUCUCCACCGUGAGUCACGCCUCAAGGUCAUUCACCGAGAUCUGAAGGUGAGUAAUAUUCUUAUGGAUGAGAAGAUGAACCCAAAAAUAUCAGAUUUUGGAUUGGCUAGGAUGUAUCAGGGAACCGAACAUGAGGAAAAUACUCACAGGGUUGCAGGAACUUUGUAAGAAUCUAUUUUCAAAAACAUGCUUAACGUGAUUCAUAAUCAUAUGCGAAAAUUUAAAGGGAAACUGUUUGAUGUUUCCACAGAGGAUAUAUGGCACCUGAGUAUGCAUGGACAGGAAUGUUCUCUGAAAAAUCCGAUAUCUACAGCUUCGGAGUUCUGUUGUUAGAAAUCAUCAGUGGGGAAAAGAUCUCAAGAUUCGGUUAUGGCGAAGAAGGAAAAAACCUUCUUACAUAUGUAAGUAUACUUAAGUAAGAAUUUACGUUUUCAUAUUUAUGUUCUUAAGAUUUGAAACUAAACAACAGGCGUGGGAAACUUGGGGUGAAAAUGGAGGAACUGAUCUCUUGGACCAAGGCGUUGCGUAUUCAUGUCGCCCGUUAGAAGUUGAGAGAUGUGUUCAUAUUGGUUUGCUCUGCGUUCAACACCAACCUGCCGACAGACCCAAUACACUUGAGUUACUGUCUAUGCUCACUACAACAUCAGAUCUUCCAUCACCAAAACAACCCACAUUUGUAGCGCAGACGAGAAAUGAAGAAUUCAUGGCUAUGGGUUUGACCACCGUCAGUAAGAUGACAGAUUCUGUAAUCCUUGGGCGUUAAGAAACGAUGACAAGUUCUGCAGGUACUCAUCCUUCUUGAAAACAUUUCCAGAUAAAUAAAAAUAUCGUUUGAUGCCUUCUGGCGUCUGAAUGCUUUGAUACCAAUCACUUGUAACCACUAUCUCUCAAAAGCUUAUAAGCUUCGCUCUAACGGUUGUUUUUCUCCUUCACAUUUUCUUCUAUACUCCUGUGUGAUUCUUUUUAACUGAAUCGUGAUAUAUUCUGCAACGGGCCCAACUUUCAAAUUGGUUUUAAUAUUUAGUGUUGUUCAAGAGACUAAUGGAACAUAAGUGCAGUGUGGUCAACAUUUUUUUUUAAAUAAUAUAUUUCAUUAAUUUUCAACAACCCCAAAAUUGGGUAUGUUGGGAAAAAUUAAUUCAAGAACAAGAACUUUCGGAUUAGAGCAGAUCGCCAAUCGUUUGGUUCCAAAUUUCGGUUUUAGGGUUUCUACUUCCAGGUUCCGGGUCAAAUGAUUCUUUCACUGGCAUGUAGAGAAUAAUAGGUGCACUUGCCCCCAUAAUAAUUUAAAAUUUUAGUAUAUUUCUUAACAAAAUUGAUGUCUACACCUAUAAUCAAAUGUAAGUUUACACAUAUUCUAGCAUUUAUGCACCCACUGAAAAAAAUCUUUAGAUUCGCCCAUGUUCUUUCUGCCAAAAGAUAAAUACAAAUUUUUUUUAGCUAAGGUAAACAUCUUAAAUAGCAUUAAUCUUCCUAAAUUUACCUGAAUAUAGAAGUAUUAUAAUAUCUAUAGCUAUUUUCAAGAAAACUAGAAAUAUUCUAUUAUCUAAUGAUACAGUGAAUGUUUUCUAAUUGUAAGAGAUAAACAAUCUUUACUAUUACUAGGGGUUGGCCCGCCCUACGGGCGGGUGAGUAUACAUUAAAACUUAUUUAUACUAAAAUAUGUUUUAAUUUUAUAAAACAUUUGAAAAUUUACUUUAAACUUUUUUUAUUCUAAGAUCAUAUAUAUUGUAAAUUUUAUUAAAUUUUGCUGGUUUGAGUUGAAAAGACCAUUAGAUACAAAAUUAUUAAAUAAAAACUAAGAAAAAUGCAUUGAUUAAUAUUUUUCUAUUUUAUUUCCAUUGCAAUUUGAUAAAUUUAAGAAAAUCUAAAGCAAGAAUAACAAAUAUUUUUUUUAUUUCUAGUACCAGAUUUUAAUAGUAUUACAAUAAUUUAUUUUUUCGCGAUAAUAAUACAUCCACCUCCAAGCUAAAUCAAUCGAAAAUCAAAUGUAAUGUGAUAAAAUUAUAAAUAUUUAUAUUUUUAAAGUAAAUGUAAAAAGUUUCGAUAAUUUCAUAAAUGAUAAUUAGAAUAUUUUAUGUAACAAAAAUUAUGUUUUCAAAUAUAUGUUUUCAGUUUAUAUUAGAUAUUCAAGUUAUAAUGAAGUUUUCCUUAAUUUUUAGUGUUUUACUAAUUAUGUUUUGUAAAUUAUUUUAGCAUUUUCUGAAUGUUUUUAAAUUUUUUUUAUUGAAAUGUCACUCAUGCUAUUUAAAAGUAUUUUUAUAAAUAGUGUUAUAAAUUAAUAAGAUAUUACAUUUCUAAUAGAAUUUUACUUGAAUUUCACACCCUAUCAUAACAAAUAAUUUACUUUGAAUAAGCUAGAGUAAACCAAACAUAAUUUAAUCAAAUAACUUUGUAGUGUAAUCAUUAAUAAUAUGGACAUUAAGAGAAACCAAACAGCGUACAAAUGUUUUCUGAAAUUUGUUUUUCUUUUCAAAGACUAAAACCUAAAGAAGUAACUAAAUCAUUUAAUCUUUUCAGUGGUGAUGUAUUGAAUGUUUCUAUGUAAUUAAAUAUCUCAUUCUCAGUUUCCACAUAGUAACAUAACAUCAUAAAGCAUGUAUACUUACAUAAUUAAAUGGAACAAAACAAUAUGUUAGGUUUAUAUUCCAGACCAAAACAAUCAAAGAAUAUAUCACCAAAACUGCAAACAGUUACGUAUAUACUUUGAAUCUACACAAAUCAUGAUUUAUUUUUUACUCUUGUACAUUUACUUUGAUUUUUUGUUAUACUUUUUUUUUCUUAAAUUUGAUUUAGAUAUUGCGAAAGAAGAAAUAAUUGACUCAAUGUAAUAGAGUUAGUAUCUUAAUUAGAUUCACAAUAUAAAAGUUAGUGUUGUUUGUUACUGCUAUAUUUUUUUUAUGUUUGCUUUUUUUUUGAACAUCAUGUUUUCUUAUUUUACGAUCAAGUUAUUAUCCAUGUAUAAAACAUAUAUUUUUAUCAUAAUUUGGAUUGAAGAAUUUUAGAGUUACAUAGCAAAGUUGUGUAUGUCAAAAGCAUCAUGCCAUCCUUUGUGUAUCUCAUCGAGACAACCACGAACCAAACCAACUUGACCAUCACAACCUGCCACCUAUCCUCAUCAUCAUCAUUGCCACUAAAACAACCUGCCACCUAUUAUCACCAUCACCUGAGGUCAGAAUGUCUCACAGACCUGUUGUCUCCAUGCGAGAUACAUUUGAAGCACCUCUGCUGAUGCAGACAUUACAACUUUGAGCUGAA